AUUUUUAUUUUUUCUAUACAGUUGCUGCUGGUUUGAACGUUUCAUGAAACUCGAUACUGAUAGUCGAUAGGUACUAUUUUACCAAAACAAAAUAAAAAUUUAGUGUACACGGGAUUAAACAGUACUUAAAUUAUUAUUCAUAGAAGCUAGCCAGGUUAACUGCAGUAUAUUAAUAGUACGAAAUUAAAGUUAUUAGAUUAUUCCCGUAAUGAAACAACAGGUUAUUCAUGUCUACGUGGUUUGUUAAUUAAGUAAUAAUCGAUUUGAUAAUAAAAAUGAACCGAAGCAAAGGUAAUAACUCUAGAACAGUGAAGGAUUCCAACAGUACCGAAACUGAAAUGAGUCCGAACGCAUAUAGAUUGAUCAAUAAUGAAGAAAAGCCUCCAGAUAUUCAAAUUGGUAAAGAAAAUUCUUGGAUUGCCGGGGUUCAGAUGUUUGUGUCAUUUUUACUUGCUGGUUUUGGCAUGGUAGCCGCCAGCUUGCUUCUCGAUGUAGUACAACAUUGGGAUGUUUUUGUGCAAGUUCCAGAAGUGUAUAUCUUAGUGCCAGCUCUUUUAGGACUCAAAGGUAAUUUGGAAAUGACAUUAGCAUCACGGAUGUCAACCCAUGCUCAUCUAGGCCAUUUAGAUAAACAUUUGAAACCAUUAGUAGUUGGCAAUCUUUGUCUCAUACAGUGCCAAGCAGUUCUUGUUGGAUUUUUAGCUGCAAUGGCUGCAGUUGCAAUGGGCUGGAUACCACGAGGAGAGUUUGACAUUCAUCAUGCUAUGUUAUUGUGUGCAUCAAGUGUUCUCACAGCUUCAUUGGCUAGUUUUGUCCUUGGAUUAAUUAUGAUUGGAGUCAUAGUUGUAUCCAAAAAAGUUAAUAUAAACCCUGAUAAUAUAGCCACACCAAUUGCAGCAAGUUUGGGUGACCUGACCACUUUGGCUUUAUUAUCAUGGAUUGCAUCAUUAUUAUUUAAAUCACUGGGCACAAAUAUUUUAUUACCCGCUUUAUUAAUUAUUGCUGGAGCUGUUCUAGUACCAGCAUGUGGAUAUGUUGCUUGGAAAAAUAAUUUCACAAAGCAAGCUUUGGACGAAGGUUGGAUACCAGUUAUAUCUGGUAUGGUUAUAAGUAGUACUGGUGGUCUUAUUUUAGGAUACACUGUAUCUAAUUACAAAGGUGUGGCUGUGUUUCAAUUAGUUAUUAAUGGUAUUGGAGGCAAUAUGGCUGCAGUGCAUGCAUCAAGAUUAUCAACACUAUUACAUACAGGACAAAAAGAGAAGUCAGUUUUUAGUAAUACAACAAAACUAUUGAUGCUAAUGGUUAUACCUGGACAGUUAAUAUUUGUUUAUACAAUUAGUUAUCUGAAGGCGGGUCAUACAUCUGUCACACCUAUAUUUAUCUUGAUUUAUAUGUGUGCUGCAUUACUUCAAGUUUUGUUAUUACUAACAAUUAGUCAUUAUUUAGUUGUCUGGAUGUGGAAACUUGGCUUAGAUCCUGAUAAUUCUGCCAUCCCAUAUUUAACUGCUUUAGGUGAUUUAUUAGGGACUACUCUACUUGGGAUAGCAUUUCACAUUUUAUUUGCUAUCGGCGAUAAGGAUAGUGAUUUAGGUGACUAAUAUAUAGCUAGAAUUUUUUAUACAUAUUUUCAGAAGUAUUGUAUUUGUAAAUACUGAUGUUUUUGUGACUUGCCUAGUUAGGAAUUUGGGAUAUAAAUCAUUAUAUCUUAUGGAAAGAAUACUGUAUUAUAAUAUAAGGUCUUUCAAAUCAAGUUUUCAAAAGUAAAUAAUUAAAAGACAUAAUUUCAAUUGUUACUGAAAAGCUGUGAUAAAAUCCAACUUCUAAGUUAAUGUAAGAAAUUAUAUGGUUAUUAUUUGGACACUCAAGAUAACUAUAAUUUAUAGGGUAUUUUCUGUUGACCUAGAACUGUGAAUAUAAAAUAAUACCAUUUAGAAAAAGAGUGAAAAACAACCUUUUCCCUUUUUUAUAAGUAUAGAUAGGUACCUAAUAAUAUGUAUGAAACCCUCGGUGGGUGACUCGGAUUUGCACUUUCAUAUUAUAUUCAAUGUUUGAAAUAUUUUACAUAGGUACAUACUAUUGAAAACUUUACAUUACAUUUGAAAGAACCAUUAUAACAUUUUUACUUAAUAUGUCAAGAAGUUAUAUAAAACGAACUUAAGUCAUUAGAAUGUUUGUACAUAAGUUAUUUGUAGUGAUUUUAAAGUAUUUAUUUUGUUGGAUUGUUAAGUACUAUGUACUUAUGAAGAAAUGACAGUACUUAUUGGUGCUAACAUAUUUUUGCAUAUCAAUUUAUAAAAAUAAAUUAAUAUUACUACAAUAUAUUAUUUUACCUA